GCCAACCAACCAGGUGGAACUCAUUUCGAACCAUCCUUUCAUUUUAACAAAUUGCGCCGCCUCUGACUUUAAAUCAGCGACUCCAUCCACCACAGAAGCUCGAUCGUCCUCGGUGAUCAUGGCUACGGUGCAGCUCGAAGUAAUAUCCAGAGAGCUCAUCAAACCCUCCUCUCAAACUCCACAUCACCUAAGAAACUACAACCUCUCCUACUUCGAUCAGCUCUCUCCUCACAACUUGCAGUGGAAUGAUACAAAUCUGAGUACUUUACUUGCUGUACAAGUCAGCUACUUUGAUUGUGGGGGAAUGGCAUUAAGUGUGUGCAUGUCACACAAAAUUGGCGAUGCAGCAACCAUGGUCAAUUUCGUCAAUGACUGGGCCGCCAAGGCUUCAAACUCAGGUAAACAAGUUUCCCCUUUGCUCUAUACACCCUCGAUUUUUCCAAGGGGUGACUUAACACUUAUGCCGCAGCCGGAAUAUUCCAUCAAGAAAGAAACUUGUUCCUCCAGAAGGUUUGUAUUCGAUGCCCAAAAAAUUGCGGCCCUCAAAGCCAUUGUAGCUGACAAAGUGCAGAAGGCUACAAAGGUAGAGGUUGUGAGUGCUCUACUAUAUAAGUGUGCAAUUUCUGCCGCCAAUGCAAGUUCAUCAGGUACUACAAGACCAAUUCUUUUUCUCCAAAAUGUUAACCUUCGUACCAGGAUGAUUCCUCCGCUACCAGAAAACUAUGUGGGUAACAUCAGUUGGGUAUUUCCAGUACCAAAAAGGGAGGACAGUUUGCAUUGCUUGGUGGGUCAAAUGAAAGAGGCCUUGUCAGAUUUCUGCAACACAUAUGUUAAGAAUGUAAGGGGUACAGAAUUGGCCUUGAGCAUCAGCAAAACCAUGGAGAAGAUGCGGGCUAUGUUCAAAAGCAGUAAGCAAUGUGUGCAAUACAAUUGUAGUAGCUGGUGCAGGUUCCCAGUAUACGAAGCAGAUUUUGGGUGGGGAAAGCCUGUGUGGGUGAGUAUUGGGGCUUGUCUUGACAAGAAUGUUAUAAUUCUGAUGGAUAGUAAAAGUGGGGAUGGGAUCGAAGCUUUUGUGACUCUGGAAGAGCAAGACAUGGCUGCUUUUGAGUGUGAUGAAGAGUUACUAGCAUUUGCUGCUCUAAAUCCAACUCCAUUAACAAGUCAAGUUUGAUGUUGUAGUUGCAUGUGCUAUUAUAACUGCUAGAUUAAAAUGUGCUAGAAAAGCAACAGAACAUAUGUAUGGUUCUGCUUGUAAUUAGACUCUUACGAUGUGUCUCAACUUCUAGUUAUUUGGACUUUGGUUAAUCUUAAACUAUAUUCAUGGUUUGUUAA